AUGUCAGAUUCAACGGAAUCCCCAUCAGCUUGUACACCAGCAGCAAAUCCCAACCGCCUCCCCGCCAUUCUCUGCCUCCACGGCCAAGGCACCAAUGGCACCAUCUUCUCCCACCAGUCUCAGGCCCUUGUCAAAUCCCUCAGCGACCGAUUCCGCUUCAUCUUCAUUGACUCGCCCUUCACAUCAUGGCAGCCCGGCCCCGGUGUCAUUCCCGUCUAUGCGGACCUAAAACCGUACCGUCGCUGGCACUACGACAAGGCUCAGAUCGAGACGGGCGUCUCGGCCGAGGCCGUGGAUGUCGAGAGAGCGCGUGUCAGGGCGCUCAUCUCGCGCCAUUUCGAGACGGAGUCGGAGAAGACGGGUGAGGGCAUCGUGGGCAUCAUGGCGUUUAGUCAUGGAACGCGGGUGGCGACGGGGAUGUGCUUGGAUGACGAGUUGGGACCGCACAUUAAAAUUGCCAUCCUGAUCAGCCCCGUCUUCCCCUGUCUUUCAGUAGGGGCAUCGACGGACUCUCCAGAGGAUGGGAAGAUUCGUCGUAACCUCGACGUGCGGCUGGUCCAAGUACAUGGUACAUCUGACCCCUGGGCACCUGGAGGAAAUCGUCUGGUGAGGACGCAUUUCAGUGCGUCUCUGACACGUACCGUUACCUUUACAGGUUCUCAUCAGGUCCCGUCUGCUGCUAGGGACGUUGCGACGGUUGCACGUGAAGUUAUCUCUGCGUGGGAGUUGGGGGAAAUGUCUUGA